AUUAUCAAUGACAUAUCAAAGCCUGAUGUUGACAAUCGAUCUUACAGAAUCAUUCAACUUAAAAAUGGUCUUGAGGUUUUAUUGAUUCAUGACGAAACUACUCAAAAAUCUUCCGCCUCUAUAAGUGUUAAAGCUGGUAGGUUUCAAGAUCCACCCAAUUUGCCUGGUUUAGCUCAUUUGUGUGAACAUGUCUUGUUUAUGACUAGUUAUAACAAUAGUGAAGAUCCUGCGUCUAAUACUCCUUCAAAUGUGAAAUUCACAAGUAGUGUUGAAAAUGAAUUUGAGACUUUUAUCGAUGACAAUCUUGGUACAUCAAAUGCUUUUACUUCUGAUGAAGAAACAAAUUAUCAUUAUGAUAUCCUAAAUGAGAACUUUGAAUUAUCCUUGAAAAAAUUCUCAACUUAUUUUAAUAAUAUUAACAACAAUGAUAUAAACAAUCAAUUAAUCAACAAAAGUGUAAUUGAAAGAGAAAUUCAGAGUGUUGAUAGUGAAUUUGCUAAAAUCACUAAAAACGAUUCCUGGAAAAUAAGACAAGUUGAAAAAAAAAUUUCAAAUAAGAAUCAUCCUUAUCAUAAUUUCUCAAAUGGUAAUAUCAAGACUUUACACGAGAUUCCAUUGUUAAAUAACAUAAACAUUAAAGAAUGCGCUUUGAAUUUUUAUAAAAAUUACUACAUUCCAAAAUUAAUGAAAUUGACUAUAUUAAGCAAUCAAUCUCUAGAUUAUGUACAGAAUUUGGUUUUAGAAAAUUUUAGUUCAUUGAAAAACAUUUCCAAUCAACUUCCUUUUUAUGAUUAUAAUAACGAACAUCCAAUUACAAAGGAUGAAUUAGGGACUAUAAUUAAAAUCAAACCAGUUAUGGAUACUCAAGAAAUAAGAAUUUGUUUUCCAAUAUUAGAUCAAAGACCAUUUUAUCAAUCAAAUCCUUCACUGUAUUAUAUUCAUUUAAUUUCUCACGAAUGUAAUGGUUCAUUAAUUUCCUUUUUAAAAAAUGAGAGUUUGGCUUCUUCAUUAAGCGUUGAAUUAACACACAUAUCAGAUAACGAUGAUUCAUUUAAAAUCAUAAUUCAAUUGACCAAUGAAGGAUUUAAAAAAUAUGAUGAAGUUGUUGGAUAUGUUUUUAAUUAUAUUGAAUUGUUAAAAAAAACUCAACCUCAAAGGUGGAUUUACAAUGAAUUGAAAAUAAUGGAAUAUGGUAGAUUCAAAUGCAGACAAAAGAUAUCUGAAAUUGAGACCACAUCAUCUUUAGCAAGUUUAUUACAGGAUAAUUUUAUUUUAAGAAAGGAUAUUUUAGGGUCGUGUUUGUUGAAAAGAUUUCGGGAAAAUGAAAUUAAAGAAUUUGGAAAUAAGUUUCUUAAUAUUCGAAAUUUUAGAUGUUUGUUGGUUAGUAAGAAUAAUUCGCAUCAUCUUUAUAGAAAGGAGCCAUAUUUAAAUACCAGAUAUUCAGUUGAGAAACUAAGUAAAAGCUUUUCUAGAAAGGUUAUUAGAAUGAUAAGAAAAAAUGGAAGUUGUUUUUCAUUGCCAUUACCAAAUCGAUUUUUGCCACAAGAAUUUAAGAGAUUAAUUGAUGAGCAAGACGAAAUGGAAUAUUUGAACAAUUAUAAACCACCAAUAUUGUUUGAGAGUAGUGAGUUUGGACGUACAUGGCUAAAGCAGAAUAAUAGUGUUCCUAAAGGGUAUGUUGGAUUAUUGAUUCGAAAUCCAUCGUCACAUAAUUCGCCUAUCAAUUCGAUCAAAUGCAAUAUUUUUAUCAAGUAUAUUAAUGAGCUUUGUGAGGUAUUACGGUAUGAAGCCAAUUUAUCUGGGUUGUAUUUUAAUUUUGAACCCAGUUACAACGGAUUUUAUUUACAGAUUAAUGGAUAUAAUGAGAAAUUGAUAAAUUUAUUGGAGAGCAUUAUAAAAUUGGUUAAGAUUGAAAAUAGUUUGAAUAAUUAUAUUAGUAUGAGUGAAAAGGAGUUUAAUAGACACAAGAGUAAUUUAGAAAGGAUAUACAAGAAUUUCAAGUUGACUGAGCCAUUUAAUCAGAUUGAUAUUUAUUCAUCGUGUCUUUUGAAUGAGAAUUCGUGGAAUAUUGAUGAGAAAUUGCGAUCAUUAGAUCAAUUGAUGUUUAAUAAUUUUAAGAAUUAUAAUCCAUUUGAACAGUUUUCGUUUGAGUGUUUUAUUUAUGGGAAUUUUUCCAUCAAGGAUUGUAAUACAAUUAAUAAAUUGAUAAAGAAGAAUCUCUGUGAAAAUAAUCAAUCAUUAACAUCUAGUGAGAAAAUAUUGGGAAGAUCGUUGAUAUUGUAUCAGGGAGAUAAUUAUAAUCUCCGAUUGAUUAAUAGAGAAUUAUCAUCAUCGUGUAUUGAUUGUUAUAUUCAAUGUGGGAUUAAAGAAGACAAGACGUCAAGGGUUUUGUUGUAUAUAUUGAGUGAUAUUAUGGAUGAUUUGAUGUUUAAUGAGCUAAGAACAAGAGAGCAAUUGGGGUAUAUAAUGACAGUGGGCUUGAGAUCAACUAGGACUACAAUUGGGUUGAGGUUGUUAAUUCAGAGUGAAUUGCCUACAGAGUUUUUGGAGUCGAGAAUCGACAAGUUUUUGAUUACGAUCGUUGAGAAUUAUUUGAGGAAUUUGACUAGGGAUGAGUUUCAAAGUUUGAUUAACAAGAUUUCAAAUGAUUUAUUGAUCAAGUUUCAAAACAUGAGAGAGGAGUAUUAUUUUUAUUGGAAUCAUAUCAAGUCUGGGUAUUUUGAUUUUAUCAAUUUAAUUGAUUAUUUGAAGAUUUUGAAAAAUUUAACGAGAAAGGACUUGUUGUAUUUUUAUCUUUAUUACAUUUCACCAAAGAGUUCGAUUCGAGCCAAGUUGACAGUUCAUUUGCAUAACUGCGAUAGUUCUAAAAAGGAGGACAACAUUAAGAAUUACAAAAAAAUCAUUAAGUCUGCGAUAAAGAAUUCUUUGUUAUUGAAAGAUAUAAUAAUUUCCAAUGAUAGAUUGAGCGAGAUAAUUGAU